AUGGCUUCCCGAAACGGCAGUAUCGACAUGACGGUGACGGACGGCAAGUGGACGGAGCUCGGAGGCGCCAUCGCGUCUGUCCCAUGCUGGACAUGCCGUCGCCGUCGCCUCAGGUGCGACAGCCUAAUGCCGUCCUGCGCCAAGUGCACCAAGGCGGGGAUCCAGUGCCUGGGUUACAGGCCCGAGAAGCCUCUCGUCUGGGUGGGACUCGGUCGUCGUGGACACAAGAAGCUUUCCACGGUGAUGACGCCGGCAUCAAUGGCGGCGGCCGCGGCGGCGGCGUCUUCAAAGGGUGCCGAAUCUUCAACCUCUCCAGAAGAACAUGCUCGAGAAUCGACGUCAAGUCCAGACAAGGAAUCGCCCGGCUCGACGGAGUCGACCUCGGAACAGGGCGAUGUCGAAGAGGUGGAUGCUGACGCCGGUACUUUUGUGGAAUUUUCGACCAGGUCACAACAGCAAUCGUCGACGUCGGACGUAGGGGCGUUGAGGAAACAGUUUGCCGAGACGGCCUUGUCGACGCUCAAAUUUGCCCUCCCACAAUCGACAAUCCAACAUCCUGUCCUCGUUAACCGGGAUCCCCGGUCUGCCUUUUACAUAGACUACUACCUCGAGCGCUGCUGUGCCGAGUGCACCCUGUACUACGAGGACAGCACGAACCCGUACAAGCAGUUCAUCCAGCUGAGCAUCGGCGGCAACCUGAUGCACCACGUCGUGGUGGCUCUGGCGGCCCACCACAUGGCCGGCAGCACGACGCCGCUCGGCCUUCCCAACUCGUCAUCCAAGCACUUCCCCGACGCCCUUGUGCACAAGAACAAGGCGAUGCGGCACCUGCGCGCGGCGCUCAUGGCAGGGGACAACAGCGACGCCGUGGUCGCCGCCUGCCUCCUGCUCAUCUGGGUCGAGCUGCUGGAGAGCGGGCUCAGCGUCUGGCGCUACCACCUCGACGGCAUGAUCGGGCUGCUGAGCGCCAGGAAGGCCAUAGACGAGGCGUCGAAUGGUGGUCCUGCGGUUGCAGGCCAGCCGGGGAGCCAGUCGUCGACCAAGGUGUCGAGUCCCAAAAAGACUGCCUUUUGGAGCUUUCACAACUACUUUGAGGAGUGCUGCUUAGUAUUACACACCUUCGGGUCAACCCUCAGCUCCAACAAGCGCGACCUCUCACAGCUCUUUGGGCUACAAGAGCUGGACAAGAUUCUGGACCGCGCCGAGUCCCGUUCCUGGACUGGCUGCCCAUCCGAGCUGCUCAAGACGCUCUGCCGGGUCAACACGCUCUGCUCCGCGGCGGCCCAGGGCGGUGCGCCACAGCCCGACUACGCAAACCAGCUCCUCUCGCGACUCGAGACGUUCUCCAGCGCGCAGUGGGCGGCCAACUUCCGCGACCCGGCCCAGGUCCCGAACCGAAACCACCUGGCGAGCGCGUACCAAGGGGCCAUCUACAUCUACGCCCGGCGGGCGCUCCGGUGGCACCUGGGCGGGACCGAGGACGAGGAGGAGCGGCUGGGGCGGACGGCGCACAUCGUGGUGGCGGAGCACCUGGACCACAUCGCGUCCGACGACGUGCACUUCAAGGGCAUCCUGUGGCCGGCCUUUGUGGCCGGCGCCGAGGCGAGGGCCGACGCCGACAGGGGCGUCAUCCGCCGCAUCCUCUGGGACAUGUACGGCCUGCUGCACGUGCGCAGCGUGAGGAGGGCCAUCGAGCUGCUCGAGCAGAUGUGGGCGGCCCGGACGCCCGGCGCUGGCGGCGGCGGCGACGGCUGCCUCGUGGCCCUGCACGACGAGUUUGGCGUCAGCGGGGACGACAUCGUCGUCAUUGACGACCCGGGCGGUUGUGGGGUUGCGGGGAAGUCUUGGCUCGAGGAGAUGUACGAGGGUGGCGAGGAUCUACUCUUGAUCUGA